AUGACUAUCCACUAUCUCGAAGGCGAAAACUCCGCCUUGUUCCAGCCAUUGACUAUUGCCAAUGGCGGCAUUACUCUCCGCCAUCGUGUCGUCCACGCCCCUCUAACCCGCAACCGCGGAGUUCCAGAGAACCCUAUCAGUACUCCAGAAUGCCCCAAUCGAGUUUGGAUUCCCGGGGACCUGAUGAUUGAAUAUUAUUCCCAGCGGACAACCGAGGGGGGCCUAAUAAUCUCAGAGGGCAUCCCACCAUCCCUUGAGAGCAAUGGGAUGCCCGGUGUCCCCGGCCUUUUCACACCCGAGCAAGCCCAGGGCUGGAAAAGAGUCGUUGAGGCCGUCCACGCCAAAGGAGGUAUUAUUAUUUGCCAAUUAUGGCACGCUGGAAGAGCGACAAUUCCCCAGAUGAGUGGAAUGUCCCCGGUGUGCCCCUCGGCAAGCGUGUGGGACUCACCCACUGAAUGCUAUCCGCACCCCCCAGUGGGGUCAACCAAAUACUUUUCCGUCCCAUACGCCAAUCACCCACCGGUUGAGUUAUCUGUUGCCCAUAUCAAGCAGACCAUUCAGGACUAUUGCAAUGCCGCUAAGACGGCUAUGGAAAUAGGCUUUGAUGGUGUCGAGAUCCACGGUGGUAACGGCUAUCUUCCGGAGCAAUUUCUUAGCUCCAACAUCAACAAGCGCACCGACCAAUAUGGCGGUUCCCCGGAGAAACGCUGCCAGUUUCUUUUUGAGUUGAUGGGUGAAGUAGCUAAGACUAUUGGCGAAGAGAAUCUGUCGAUUCGACUGUCUCCUUUUGGAUUAUACAACCAAGCUCGCGGAGAGCAGCGAAUCGAGACUUGGACAUAUCUUUGCGAGGGCUUGAAGAGGACCCAUCCAACACUCUCCUAUGUUAGCUUUAUUGAGCCGCGCUAUGAACAAAUUUUCAGUGAAGAAGAGAAAGAUGGCUUCCUUGGCAGUUGGGGCUUGAAGGAUGUCACACUCGACCGAUUCCGCCAGAUCUUUGGCAAGACCCCCUUCUUCUCUGCUGGUAACUUUGAUGACAAGAACUCAUGGGGUGUAUUGGAAUCUGGUAAAUACGAUGGCCUAAUUUAUGGUCGCUACUUCACCAGCAAUCCUGAUCUUGUGGAAAGGCUCAAGAAGGGGCUGCCUUUGGAGGCUUAUGACCGAAAUCGUUUCUACGGGCCAUUCGAGGAUAAUGCCUUCCACUACACAGAUUACCAGACUGCUGACCAGAAGUAG